AUGGGGCUGGUUGGUGUGGCCCUGUUGUUGUUGGGGUUGAUGGUGGGCUGGGUCGUCGGGUUGGAAGAUCCAGUCGGGAUCCAUUUGCAGAUUACGGCUGAUCCGCGGUUCAGCGCUCGCGUCAUGUGGUCGUUGCCGCAGACGGCGUUGCGUGCCGUGCCGCCGACCAGCUGCAUCUAUGGCACUGACCCCUCGGCUCUUGAUGCCAACGUUUCGGCCUUGACGUCGACCUACACCGCGGGUGGCUUCAAGGGGGCCCUUCAACAAUGCGAGCUGGUCAACCUGCAGCCGGCCACCCGUUAUUACUAUGCCAUCGUGGCCAACAACGUUCAGUUCCGCACGCUGCAUUUUACCACAGCCCCGGAACUAUCCGCGCCGAUCCGGGCCAUCAACUGGGCCGACAUGGGAAUCCAGAACCCAACUGCCACCAGCCUGCACACCCAGCUAGCUGCUGCCAAUGACGUGCAAAACGGCAGCUAUACCCUGAUUAUCAACGCUGGUGACACUUCUUGUGCGUUGAGCCCAGGGACAGAAGCCAGAGUGUUUCAGUUCCGAUUAAAUGCCCCCCACUCCCCAGGUGUCUUUGGUCUCCUGCCUCACAGCUGCGUUGUGCCACGCACAGAUGCCGACGACUACAAUCUGGAGGUGCUCGACAUCCCCAACAGCUGGGUUCUGGACCGCUUUUGCUUCUACUAUUCGUUUGACUACGGUUGCGUGCACUUUGUCAGCUUUAGUACUGAGCACGACGUGAGCCGGGGCUCGGAGCAGUGGGAGUUUGUUGUCGCUGACCUCAAGCGUGCCCAAGCCAACCGCGACAAAGUCCCGUGGAUCGUCGCCUUUACUCACCACCCCUUUUACUGCUCCUCCUCGACUGAACCCGGCCGCUGCGGCCCAGAGAUGGACAACUUUCUUGAAGCCUUUGAGGACGUUUUCCACCAAUACGGCGUCGACCUCUUUACCUCUGGCCACAACCACUGCUACGAGCGCAGCUGGCCCGUCUACCAGAAGCAACCCAUCAAAACCCUGCACCGACCCAAUGCAACCGUGUACGUCGUGAACGGUGCAGCUGGAGACAUUGAAGGCACCCAGGGCGGCUGGACUGACAACGUGGAUUGGCGAAAAGACGCGCGGACCAUACGACAAGCCGUGAGCAUUCGAGCCGCGCACAUAAACGCCAAUCAGCGGUCAACAAGGACCUACAACUUGAGCUUCUUGUCGGCACCACCGCUUGCCACCAAGGUCCUGUACAGAGGGCACAGCGACACCGCCCUUGAUCGUCGUGUCUUCACUGGCCGUGAUGAGCAUACGUGA